AUGACUUCUGUCACCCACCACGCACAGCUAAAUCGACUCGACCAGCUUGCAAGCAUCAAAUGUGAUCCCCUCAACAUCGGAGGCUACUUUGAUGAAUGCUCUCUCUUCUGCCUAAACGGUGUGUCCUCGCCAUUCUGGCGUAACUGGCCACUAGCAGAUCCAUCUUCAUUUCUGACACCCGAGGCCCUGCAUCACUGGCAUCGUGAGUUCUAUGACCAUGAUGUUUGGUGGUGUCUUAGAGCUGUUGGUGCACAAGAAUUGGAUUUUCGCUUCUCUGUACUACAGCAACUCACAACAUUCCGACACUUCAAGGAUGGUAUUUCAAAUCUCAAGCAAGUCACAGGAAGAGCACAGCACAACAUGCAGCAUUAUAUGGUUGCUCUUAUUACUGAUGCAGCUCCUCUCUGCCAUUUCAUGACCUCAGGGUCUGGUUCAAAUGCUACUUGGAAGUAUGGUCGCUAUGACGCUGCAAUAUUUGCUGUUGAUGACACUAAGCUUCAACAGUGGCCCACUAGUGGGCUUAAAGGCCACACGGUUGUUGAAGUGCACCUUAUUAUGCAACCGCUUCCUCCGCAACAAAAGUCCACCAUUUGGGCUGCAUGCUUCCUGGCUUAUGUUCAAUGCCUGGAUGUUGUACCUCAGCGACAUGGAAGCUCAUUGGAACACACGACACACAUGCACAUUUUAAAAUGUGCAAUGCAAUCAGCAAGGGUUCCCUUUGGUGACAUACUCCCACUGGAUCAACUGCAUUCUUUUGCUCACAUCGUCCCCCGCUUUGGUCCUGCUGCUGAUUCCCGUCUGACAGCAGAGAAUAGUACUCACUCUGCACAGGUCAUCGCCAGCAUCACACCUGCAGAGUACAUGGCAGUAUUAGCAUUUACAUCUGAAGAGAGAGAUUUUGAAGUUCGGGCAAAAUUCACCUAUUUUGAGGACACACAGGAACUUCAGAUCAUGCCUCCCCUCCCUGUCCAUGAACAACCGGCUGCCCACCUUUCCAAGGCCAUCAACAAAUUCAUGGAUGCUCUUCCAUAUGACAAACUCUCAGUCGAUGUGACCAUACACCUCAACCACCGCAUCCAAAACAAGGACACCACAAAUAUCCCAGAUUUACACAUCGUUGUCAUGACACAACCGCCAGAGGACGACAGUUUGGAUGACAUGGAGAUUUCGAAGCCUGUCUCUAAAUGGGUUGGCAAAUGUGGACUUUCGUCAGACUAUGACUUCAUGGUGUGGAAGUUGAGAAUCAUGUGCGACAGCCAUCGUGACAUUGAUCUUGCCUUGAUCAUGUCCUUCAAAGAGCGGGUUAGAUGGCAACAGCCCAAGGAGAUGAAAUAUGAAGAAUUCAUCCCUGCACGCAUCAAGAAGAACCUCAAGUUUGGUCCAGUCACCCUCCACUCACAUGUAUGGAUCGACAUUAGCGAGGUUCGAUACAGUGUAUUCAGAUGUAGCAUGGAUGGCCAUUUUGAUUUUAAUAGCAGGAAUCCAGACACGUUUGGAGGGGGGACUCUUUACCUGACAGUAGAGAUGUCUGACGUCGAAUGCAUGCUGAGGGAUGGCGCCAAUGCGUUGAAGGAGUACAUCAUUUCAUUGAUGGAAGGGAUGAGUUUAGAGGAGUCUGCAAUCUACCUUGUGUGUGAUUCCAAUCCCUCUUUCGAGCCCAUUUUGGGGGCUGGUGUCAAUCAAAUAUCUUCCGCCAUAUAUCUCACAGCUUACUGCCAUUACUUGGAUUGGUGCAAUCACAAAUACAGCAAACACAAGAUCUCACAGACUGCCCAAUCCUUGCGCACUGGUGAUCAGAAUAUCGCCGCCUCCAUCUCGUCUGAUCCUACUACAUUGGCCUCCUCAUCUGAUCCUACAUUUGCCUCGUCUGAUCUUACAGUCCCGUUCAAGUUCACCCUCUAG